UCUUCCUGACGAAAGUGAAUGCAGUGAUGUUGUGUUGCUAGCAGAAAUAGUCACAGAAAUGGAGGUUGAAAGUUUCGUUUCCAAGACCCUUGAACUCUUGCAAGAGGAGAGAGAAGCUGAGAUAGAAGAAACGAGGGCAUGGCAAAAGACUCUUUCACUAAAAAAUCUACAACAGAAAGGAGUAUGCUUGCUGAAACUUCAAAUUGGAAGCCAGAGGACAGGAAUGCAUGGCAGACUCCUGGUGUCAUUUGAGCCUCGGAAAAGUAUCGGCCCUUCAGUUCUUCCCAGUCAUGGUUUUGGACCGGGUGACAUUGUGGGUCUUUACGAAUCAGAAGGAUGCAGCCAACCUAAUCAGCUUUGCUCAGGUGUGGUGACCCGUGUGACGCAGGCAUCAAUAACGGUUGCAUUUGACGAAACGCAUGACGGCCUCAGUCUGGAAAGCGAUGGACUCUACAACAUUAUGAAGCUUGCAAAUGAUGUAACUUAUAAACGAUUGACUCAUGCUUUAAACUCUUUGAACGGGUACAGAAGUGGUCCUGCCGCUCACCUAAUCGGCGUCCUUUUUGGUUACUCUGAACCUGUAACGCUGUCACAGCAGAAUGCUUUAGAGUGGAUCAAUAAUGGAUUAGACGCCUCUCAGCAGGAGGCUGUGUCGUUCGCACUCUCUCAGAAAGAUGUCGCUAUUAUACAUGGACCACCAGGGACGGGGAAAACCACAACGGUGGUUGAAGUUAUUCUACAGGCUGUAAAACAAGGCCAGAAGGUUUUGUGCUGUGCUCCAUCCAAUGUGGCAGUGGAUAAUUUGGUGGAGCGCCUGGCUAAGAGCAAGGCGAAGGUCCUGCGACUGGGACAUCCAGCACGCCUUCUAGAGUCAAUCCAGAAACAUUCACUGGAUGCAGUGCUUGCUCAGAGCGACAGCACCAACAUCAUUGCCGAUGUCCGAAAAGACAUGGAUAAAGCCUUUAGUCAGAUAAAGAAAGUACGUGACAAAGGACAGAGAAGCAACCUAAGGCGAGAAAUUGGAGAGCUGAGAAAGGAGCUGAAAUGCAGGGAAGAGAUGGCCAUCACCCAAAUCCUGAAAAGGGCCAGUGUUAUUCUAGCAACCAAUACUGGAGCUAGCAAUGAUGGUCCACUGAAGUAUUUGCCAAGCGAGCAUUUCGACCUGGUGGUGAUAGAUGAAUGUGCUCAGGCUCUGGAGAGCAGCUGUUGGAUUUCACUGCUCAAAGCACGCAAGUGCAUCCUGGCUGGAGACUACAAGCAGCUGCCACCCACAAUUAAAUCUCAGAAUGCAGCUGCUAAAGGUCUGUCUGUGAGUUUAAUGGAGCGGCUGAUUCAGAAGUAUGGAGACACAGUAGUUCGAAUGCUGACCACUCAGUACCGUAUGAACAGUGCCAUCAUGCAGUGGGCCUCAGAGCAGAUGUACCAAGGGAAACUGACUGCACAUCCUUCAGUGGAGAAACAUUUAUUGAGAGACCUGGCUGGUGUAGCCCAUGUUGAGGAGACCAGCCUGCCUCUGCUCUUAGUUGACACUGCUGGCUGUGGUCUCAAUGAACUGGAGGACACAGAUGAGCAGUCAAAAGGCAAUCAGGGUGAAGCUGACAUAGUGGCACUUCACGUAAGAACCUUGACUGAGGCUGGAGUGCAGGCCAAAGACAUUGCCGUCAUUGCACCUUAUAACCUCCAGGUUGAUCUGCUAAGACAGAAGCUCUCAAACGUGUAUCCUGACCUGGAGAUCAAAUCUGUAGAUGGCUUUCAAGGUAGAGAAAAGGAGGCAGUGCUGCUGUCCCUGGUUAGAUCGAAUAGAAAAGGAGAAGUCGGGUUUCUUGCCGAGGAUAGGAGAAUCAACGUGGCAGUUACACGUGCCAGACGCCAGCUUGUAGUGGUAUGCGAUUCCCAGACUGUCCGAAACCAUGACUUUCUCAGACGCUUGGUUGACUACAUGUCUGAGCACGGGGAAGUUCGCACUGCCUUUGAGUACCUAGAGGACCUGGUGCCUGAAAACUACCACCGCGAAUUUAAAGACGAAGAGAAUAACAUUAAAGCAGCUUCCACCAAAACAAACGCAAGAAACCAACAAGGCAAGAGAGAUCAGACCAAGCACAAUAACGUCUCCGAGAGCAGAAGCAAAGGAAACGGUCGAUCAAAGGGUGAUGCCCACUUCAGUAAUAAUCUAAAGUCUGGUCUUCCCAAACCAAAGGCAGGUGAUCAAGUUGAGUCUGAAAUUCAGAAAGAAAAGAUAAGGAAGGAGUUGUUUAUCUUUCUGGAGAACCAAAGUCAGACAGAGCUUCAGUUUCCUUCCUCUCUGAAUUCACACGAACGCCUGCUAAUCCACCAACUCUGUGAAGACCUGAAACUAAAGCACGUGAGCAAGGGAACAGGAAAACAGCGCUAUGUCACAGUUUCCAAACCAGUGGCAGAACCAGAGGAGAAACUGGAAGAGGAAUUGGGGUCUACAAAACCAGAAAUCCAGAUUCCAGAAGAACCAACAGCAAAAGAAUCCAACAGGCAACCACAAAAGCCUGCUGUAGAUCUGAAAAGCUUGCAUUUCGAGCGGAUGUGCCGGGAGCAAGAAAAACGGCAGGAGAAAAUUCAGAGCAAAAGACUGGAGGCUGGAGAGUUUAAAGACAGCAAAGGCCCAGCUACAAAAAAGAACAAAAGUGGAACAAAAGGAAAGGGGAAAAUGAAAGCCGGGGCUAUGGACAUUGCUGCAGCUGCUACAGCUGAUGAUGAUUUUGAUGCACUCAUUGAUGCUGUGGUGAAAGCAGAAAGCGUGUGUGCCUUCAUGAAGUGUAAAGCCAGUGUUCUCACACUGGGUCAGCUGUGUGCCUACUGUAAUAGACAGUACUGCCUGAGUCACCACAUACCUGAGGUCCAUGGAUGUGGAGACAAGGCAAAGGCACAUGCUCGCAUGAGAAUAAGCAGAGAGGGAGUGCUGUAUGCUGGAAGCGGGCAGAAGGACAAGUCCAUGGAUCCAAACAAAAAAGCAUACCUGCAACGCAAACUAGAGUCUAAACUCAACGACAUGGCAUCCCAAAGAAAAACCAAGUCAAAGGAUAAAGGACAUUGAAUGCUUUACAACCCCAAUUCCAAAAAAGUUGGAACGCUGUGUAAACUGUAAAUAAAAAACAGAACGUGAAGAUUUGAAAAUAGUACAAAGGCAACAUAUCAAAUGUUGAAACUUUUUUUUUUUUAAUAUAUGCUCAUUUUGAAUUUGAUGUCAGCAAUAAGUUUCAAAAAAAGUUGGGACAGGGGCGUGUUUACCACGGUGUCGCAUCACCUCUACUUUUAACACCACUCUCCGGGAUGCUCUUUUGAAACCCAGUCGUGUUACUGACCUGUUGCCUUCCAUCCAUCCAUUACUGUAACUGCUUAUCCUGUGCAGGGUCGCAAGCAAGGUGGAGCCAAUCCCAGCUGACUAUGGGCGAGAUCAUCACAGGGCCGACACAGAGACAAACCACCAUUCGUACGCUCACCUACGGUCAAUUUAGAGCCACCAGUUAACCUAACCUGCAUGUCUUUGGACUGUGGGGGAAACCGGAGCACCCGGAGGAAACCCACGCGGUCACGGCGAGAACAUGCAAACUCCGCACAGAAAGGCCCUCGCCGGCCACAGGGCUCGAACCCGGACCUUCUUGCUGUGAGGCGACAGCGCUAACCACUACACCACCAUGAGCAUAUAGUUUUCAAGAAAACAAUAAAAUUUAUCAGUUUCAACAUUUAUGUUGUCUUUGUACUAUUUUCAGUGAAAUACAGGGUUUCGAUGAUUUACAAAUCACUACACAUCAAUUUUUUUUGGAAUUGGGGUUGUAGUUCUGUUCAAAAACAAAAAAGUAUUUAUUCUAAUUAAAUGAAUAAAGUGGUGGUUUGAUGCAUGUAUUGCAUGAGUAGGAUAUCUAUGUGAGCAUUUGAAAUACACUCAAUAUUCAAA